ACCAGCUCAGCGCUCACCUGCACAUGACCCACAUGCAAACAUGAUGUCCAUGAAUAGCAAGCAGCCCUUCGGCAUGCAUCCCAUCUUGCACGAACCCAAAUACACGACUCUGCACUCGAGCACCGAGGCCAUCAGGAGAGCCUGCAUGCCCACUCCUCCGUUGCAAGGCAAUAUAUUCACGGGAUUCGAUGAAACGUUGCUGUCCCGCGCAGAAGCUCUGGCAGCUGUGGAUAUUGUAUCGCAGAAAAGCCACCCGUUCAAGCCAGAUGUCACCUACCACACCAUGACCAGCGUGUCCUGCACACCUACCUCCUCGUCUGUACACCUGCCCCACCCAUCGGUGCUGACCUCUCAUCCCCAUCAUCACCAUCACCACCACCAGUCAGCCCAGGGCCUAGACGGCGACCUGCUGGACCACCUGAACCCGGGGCUAUCCGUGAGUGGGAUGGCCGGGCCUGAGGUCGGAUCCACACCAUCACAUCCCCAUGCUCACAUGCCGAGCAUGAACCACAUGUCCCAUCACCCACAUCACCACCAACCUAUGAACAUUUCCCACUCGCACGCCUUGUCCGCCCAUAUGGGCCUGGGCGCUAAUGAUGGUGAGGCCGAUCCCAGGGAGCUCGAGUCGUUUGCAGAGAGAUUCAAACAGAGGAGGAUCAAGCUUGGAGUGACACAGGCCGAUGUCGGCUCAGCCUUGGCCAACCUGAAGAUCCCGGGGGUGGGCUGUUUAAGUCAGAGCACAAUCUGCAGGUUUGAAUCGUUGACUCUGUCGCAUAAUAACAUGAUUGCGCUCAAGCCCAUCCUGGAGGCUUGGCUGGACGAGGCCGAGAGAGCUCAGAGGGAGAAAAUGACCAAACCUGAGCUCUUCAGUGGAGGGGACAGGAAGCGCAAGCGGACCUCCAUCGCAGCGCCGGAGAAACGCUCUCUCGAAGCUUAUUUCGCCGUUCAGCCCCGUCCUUCGUCCGAGAAGAUUGCAGCAAUUGCAGAGAAAUUGGACCUGAAAAAGAAUGUGGUGAGAGUGUGGUUUUGCAAUCAGAGACAGAAACAAAAGAGAAUGAAAUUUUCCGCCACACAUUAAGACGUCCUGGACACUGCUCAAUGGUAUUGAGAGGAUGCGGAGCAGGAUUUAAUAAAUCAUGUUUUCUUGGUUAAGCUUUGCCCGACAAAACGAAGCGAGCCGGAAGGAUAUGUCUGAGGAAUGAACUUUGCAUAUGUAUAUUUUGUACGAGUUUGAGGGAAGCAAGCUUCACGUUUUGGUUAGGAUGGGACAUCAAUGACUUAUCUGGCAAUCAUAUUGUAACAAAUAAUCUCAACGAGACUUGAAUAAUGUUUAAUCACAUUCUUGUGAAAAAAGAUCCUGUUUGCUUUUCUACCGUAAUAGGCUGUACGUAGUCUGUGACUGAACUGUGUGCGUUCAACUUUCAUUCGCGUAAUCUGGUCUGAUACAUUGAUCCGGGCUUCUAGAACUACAGUUAUAGUGGACACAGUGCUGGGACAGAUGGGGAGUCGUCAAGUCAUGUCGAAAACAAAAGCAGAGAAACAAUUAGUUAUGUAAGAACGGGUCAUAUGAAUUCUAUUGUACCUCUUGUAUAGUCCACAGGUCUGUCUCUGCAUGAUUUAUGCAUCAUUUCCGUUUAGUGAAUGUCGCAGUCAAGAUAUUAAUAGCAAAAAGUAAAAAUCGAUAAUAAAUAAGUUUAAAAUGUUUUGCAAUAACUGUUUACGAAUGGUUUCCUACCUCAUCCGCCCUGGGGGGUUUUCACUGUCCCUUUCCUUCCCCUUCAUUUAUUUCAGUCAUAUAUUUAAUUUGGAAAAGACUGAAAGGGAUUCACGAUGCAUUGACAAUCAAAAUUACAUUAAAAAUAAGUCGUGGUACAAUAGACUAGUUUGAAACACUGGGGGAAUGUUCCAUACGGAAAGUUUGAAGCGAGAGACCAGAUACGAUGUGAGUUUGAAGGCGAUUUACUAACUGGCAGAGAUUGUCACCUUCCUGCGUUUGUUUAUCUUGUGUGCGAAAUUCAUGUUCUCGCCUCAUUUGCCGAGAGUUUAUCGCUAAGACUAACUUCAGUGUGUGUGCGUGUACGCGUG